GCACCUGGGCACAGGGGCGACGAUCCCGCACAGUCAUCAUGUCUUCCAGUGGAGAGAAGCCCUCCAAGGCCCCUUCCCAGCCUGAUGGAAAGACGGCUCAGAAGAAGACUGAGCAGGGAAUGAUGGCCUAUAAGAUGUGUGUGUUCGAUCAGGAGAACUUCCAGGGCAGGUGCAUUGAGAUCAAUGCGGAGUGCAUGAAUGUGUGUGAGAUGGGCAUGGACAAGGUGCGCUCGCUCCGAGUGGACUGUGGCCCCUUUGUGGGCUUCGAGCAGAUGAACUUCUGUGGGGAGAUGUACAUCCUGGAGAAGGGAGAGUACCCCCGCUGGGACUCCUGGAGCAACUGCUACAGGAACGACUUCCUCCUGUCCUUCAGGCCUGUCAGAAUGGACCCUGAGAAGCAUAAGAUCUGCCUGUACGAGGUGGGUGAGUUUAAGGGCCGUAAGAUGGAGAUUGUGGACGAUGACGUGCCCAGCAUGUUCUCCUACGGCUUCACCGACAGGGUGGGCAGCAUCAUGGUGAGCUGUGGAACGUGGGUGGGGUACCAGUACCCUGGUUACCGUGGCAGCCAGUACCUGUUGGAGAAGGGUGACUACAGGCACUUCAACGAGUACGGGGCGCGUCACCCACAGUUCCAGUCGGUGCGGAGAAUCCGUGACAUGCAGUGGCACCCGCACGGCUGUUACACCAUGGCCAGCAAUCCAACGCAGGACCCGCCAAAAGAGCGAGAGAAAGAUGUAGAUGUUUCUCUGAUGACUCUCAGGUUGGGCUCUGAUGUUGCGUGAGCACCUCCAUCACUAUCAUGUGAAACGCUGUACGCAGGGGUCCUUCCCCCUUUCA